AUGGACGCUUCCACCGCGUGCUGCACGUGCACCGAACCCUUGGAACGCGUUACACAUCCGGUACCAGUUGAGUGGGACGCAGACAACAUGAUCAAACACUUUCCCAGGAGCUGGCACGCGGACGAGCCAAGACGACACUGGGAGAUGCUUCAGCACUGCGAAAAAGUCACGUUUCCAAAGCCCCUUCCCGAUAUUCCCCUGCAAACGAGGGAGGCCCGUUUUUAUUGGCAUCUUUACGAAGCCUCAGCGAGACAUGAGCCGUUUUAUCAACAGGAACUUAACAAGACGAUUCUCUACGCGUUGUUCAGGAUGAUCAACAGGGGUAAAUCCUCCAAGGAAGUCAUUCUAUCCGAUCGGUUGUUCAGACUGAACACCUUCGAUUACCUUGGUCGGAAAAGCCUCGUCGAUGGGCUGGAAAAAUACGUUAGCCAGCAAAGGAGAAUAGAGUCAUUCUGCAUCGACGGUUUGGGAUUGUCACGAAAAGAAGGCCUUCGCCUGGUGACCGCACUCUUCAAUUCGCGAAAAACCGUGACGCAUUUUUACUGCUGGCGAGCUUUCAAGCGCACUGAAGGACCGCUGCUGGUGGAUACGGGUCACCUGGCGGGUUCUGGCCUCUACAAGGACAGGGUGCCCAGAAAACAGGACUGGUUCACGGCCAUCGGUUGCCUGGACGCGCUCACCACCUUAUCUAUGAACUACGCGUACCUGGCAACGCCCGAUGGAGACCUGCUCAUCGCUUUUUCCAAGAAAAUCGGGCUUCACUGGCACUGGCUUCAGCUGCUCUGCCUGCCGGAGGAAAUUCCGAAAAUAACUGAUCCUGGCGACGGUGUUGGCGGCUAUGCUAUCCCUGACCUUGCUUGGAUGGAGGCGAAACUUUGGGCGCCAUGCCUGAAAGUUCAGUUUGUUUUCGUUGGUAUUCCGGAACAUGAGAAGCACAGAAAGUUUCUCACGAAACACACUCCGGUACACUCAUUCGUGAUGUCAACCGACAUCGACUUGCAAUUCCGCCAACCUUGGUACCUCGGCUGUACCAUGAAAAUGAUCUGGACGUGGUACCCGAAGACUUUGGUUUACAUUUACCUACAGCUGUGGCAUCAUCGUGAGAUUUUCGAUACCGAGUUGAAAAAGCUGUUUCCCCUUGUACCAAAAUUAAGGGUGUUCGAAUUCGUUGGUGAAAUUCGCAGGAUAGAAACUCUCUGUGCGAUGUGUGGCCAAAUUCGGGACGAAGAGUGCAAGGUUAAUUACCUCAGCUUUCAGCUUCAAUAUCCAAUAGCUGAUCAAAGAGGUCGCGAAGAAUGGAAGAGCGAUAUAGACGGUUUGAUAAACUGCUUCAGAGACACGUUCAAGGAAAUGAACGUCAAGUUCGAAGUGAGCUUUUAUCCGUGUUAAAAUGAAAAGCACUGGAUUAAACGGCAAUGAACCUCCUCCCAUGUAACAGCGUCCGUAUUUAUGUAGGGUGACGUUUAUGUUCAAUAAA